AUGAAUUUCUUAUGGUGGUUGGCUUUGGUAGUAGUAACAGUAGUAGGCCAUGAAGAUUGCAGAGAAACAAGAUGUGGCCUGGAAGGUCCAGCCAUCCGAUUCCCAUUUCGAGUUAAAGGUAGGCAGCCAAUCCAUUGUGGCAUCCGGGGCUUUGAUCUAUCAUGCACUGAUGACAACCGCACUGUGCUCGAAAUGCCAUCGUCAGCUAAGCUCUCUAUUUAUGAAAUCAACUACAGAUCUCAUGCAAUAGGAGCAACACUUUCUGAUAGUUGCUCGCCGAGCGAGAUAUUUAACAACAAUGGUUCUUCUCCCUUUGAAUUCGUAGGGCGCGCAUCCUUUUUCAGUUGUCCACCGUCAACAGUAAGAGAUGAAUAUUGUUCAGUAAGUGAUGAAUAUUGUUUCCCAUAUGGUCCAUCUUGUCUGGCGAGAGUGAGCCCUUGCCAUGGAAACCAUCCUGGCAACCAUAUAUAUGUUGUCAUUGAGGAUUCUUGUACCCUUGAUCAACUGCCCCUAGUGUCUUGUAUCAAGGUUCAUUCCUACACAUCAGAUCCUGCAGAUGCAUCCCAAAUCCAAGACCAAAUGAGAAUAUGGGCCUCUGAUGGUCUGACGCUGCAUUGGUCCAUUCCUUCCAGUGAAGGUCGUAUUUUUGGAAGAACAACCCUGAAGAUAUUAGGUAUUUCCGCACUCUGUUUAGUUCUAAUAGCGAUGGGGACGACAAUCUGCUAUGUCUACAACUCAAACAAAAAGGAAAAAGAAAAUCAGCUUAGAAUUGAAAGAUUUUUGGAUGAAUACAGAGCGAUGAAGCCAAGUAGAUAUUCCUAUGCUGAUAUUAAGAGGAUAACAAGUCAAUUCAAGGAAAAGUUGGGUCAAGGUGCCUACGGAACAGUGUUCAAAGGAAAGCUUUCCUCCGAGUUACUUGUUGCUGUGAAAAUGCUCAACAGUUCAAAUGAAAAUGGGGAAGAUUUCAUAAAUGAAGUGGGGACAAUGUGUCAAAUCCACCAUGUCAAUGUGGUUCGCUUGGUUGGAAUUUGUGCCGACGGAUUUAUUCGUGCUCUUGUUUACGAAUACUUACCAAAUGGUUCUUUGCAAAAUUUCUUAUCAUCAGUAGAUAAUAAGAAUUCAUUCAUUGGUUGGGAUAAGUUGCAAGAUAUCGCUCUAGGAAUAGCUAAAGGAAUUGAAUAUCUUCACCAAGGAUGCGACCAACGAAUCCUGCACUUCGAUAUCAAACCACAUAAUGUAUUGCUAGACCAAGAUUUCACUCCAACAGUUUCUGAUUUUGGUUUAGCCAAGUUUUGUGCUAAGGAUCAAAGCGCAAUAUCGAUGACUACAGCCAGGGGGACCAUGGGCUACAUUGCACCCGAAAUCUUCUCAAGGAACUUUGGCAAUGUCUCCUAUAAGUCGGAUGUCUAUAGUUUUGGAAUAUUGUUGCUUGAAAUGCAAGGCAACGACCUACGAAUCCAUAUCGGUGAUGACGAAGGAGAUGUCACAAUUGCUAGGAAACUUGCAAUUGUGGGUCUAUGGUGCAUCCAAUGGCAUCCAAUAGAUCGUCCUUCAAUGAAAGUUGUAGUUCAAAUGUUGGAAAGAGAAGGUGAGAAUCUAGCCAUGCCUCCUAAUCCUUUUGCAAGCACUUCGAGUUUAAGGAGAAUAUAG